AUGCAGCCUAUCGCCCAAGCCACCAAGAAAGACAACUCUGAAAACAAAGACAACUGGAUCCACAAGGGCUAUGCUUGGGACCCUCAAUGCGUCAUUGUCUAA